GUAUAUUUAUGUCGGUGGUACAGACAUGGCGUCGCUGAAUGACAGUAGGCUAGCCGAUUUCUGAUCCUUAUAUAUUCCUUGUUGAUAAUACGCGUUUAAUUUUUUCGUAUUAAAAAUGUUCCUCGUGUAUUUAUAACACAAAGAAGCCUGCGCUCCACGAGAAGCAACACGGAGUUUAGUGAGAAACUCCGGGCUGCGGUUUGCUUGUUGGCGUGUUGAGAAGUUUAGAGAUGUGCACCCAGACGAGAGCUGCGGCUCUCAUGGCCAACAUCCCGCUGGCGGACAUCGACCCGUCCGGAGUGUUCAAGUACGUCCUGAUCCGAGUUCACAGCCGAGAAGAGGGGGACGAGUCGGAGGUGGAUAUAGUCCGCGGUUACGGCUGGGCAGAGUACCACGCUGAUAUCUAUGACAAGGUCUCAGAGGAGCUGGAGAAAGGAGGCCACCUGGACUGUGAGUGCAUCGGAGGAGGGAGGAUCAAACACGACGCCCAGGCCAAGAAGAUCCAUGUGUAUGGAUACUCCAUGGGCUUUGGCAGAGCGAACCACGCCGUUGCCACAGAGAAGCUUCAGGCCCGGUACCCGGACUAUGAGGUGACCUGGGCCAACGAAGGCUACUGAAGUGGAACCGGACUUAAAUGGAUUUUCAACAUCCUGGACUAAGAAAUGAACUUUUCCCUCGCUAACAGACAGAGUUUGUCUUUACAGUCUAAUAAAAACCUUUUGAAAGCCUGUUAAUAAUACCUAACUAGUUGGGUUUUUAGUGAACUUUCUUUUUACUUUCAUAAGAAGAAAUCCAAAUUCACACCCAUGAUAGUGUAACUUUAUAUUUGAUUAAGUGAGUUCUCAAUGAAAAGAUAUUUUACAGAGAAACCGUCGUUCUGACUUGUUCAAAAGUUUUUUACUUUUUUGUAAAUUAGCCUUUUUUUCAUGUUAUUCCAUGAAUGUUCCCUAAAUCGUGUCCUGAGCUGCAAGCAUUAUUUUCUCUGAAGCGCACGUCAUUGAACUCAUCUCAGUAGGGUGGGGUUUCAAAUCUGCCAAAUAAUCCAGAUUAUCCUGGUCUCCGUUGAUUGUGAGAUACUGGUGAAAUAAUGCCUUGAUGUUUACUGCU